UCGGCUUCCUGCCGGCCUUGCAGACGGACAAGUGUCCAUGCACAGCCUCCGCUUCACACCGGCUGCCGGGUCGGUGACUGUUGCUGGGCUGAAGAGAUUAGUAAGUCGCAAAUUAUAUCAUUGAUCUGCCGUAAUAAAAAAAAGAGUCAAAUUAAGAGGGCCGAAUUGAUCUUCCGUCAUUGAUUAGCGGCAAAUCAGGGCAAUACCAAAUUCCCUUCAUCAAUACAGAAACAAACUUAACGUGAGCAGUUGGAGAUCCCAUUGUUACGGAUAGAGCAUGGCUUCGUCUUGUGAUCCUUCCACAAUGAUCAUCAUCCGCCGCCGCCGCCAGGUGGUGUCGCCGGAAGACUUGUACGCCCGCCAGAUGUUCGACCGAACGCUUCUGUGGAGAAAGAGCAAAACCCAGUGGACGUCGAGCGGCCCGGACGGCCUCAGCGCCCUCCCGGACGACGCCAUCCGCCACGUGAUCGGCUUCCUGCCGGCGCGAGACGCAGUGCAGACGAGCGCGCUCGCCCGGGGCUGGCGCAGCCAUUGGAGGUCCAUGCACAGCCUCCGCUUUACACCAGUUGCCGGGUCGGUGACCGUCGCUGGGCUGAAGAGGUUAGUAGGCCCCCUGUUGCUAGAUCUCCGUACACCUCUCGAUGAAUGUGUCAUCGAUGUCAAAGGAUUCUGGCAGCUCCACGGCGAACUCAACAGCCUGAUUCGGCAUGGCGUGUCCGAGUGCCGAGUUCGAGCUCUCACAGUCAGUCUGGUAGACACGCACAGAGCAAUAUAUGGGCAGCCUCUCGUUUCCAGGCACUUGGCGAGAUUGGAGCUUCGCCAUGUAACAGUGCCAGCAGAAUGCACGGUUCUUGAUUUUUCAAGUUGCAUGGAGCUGGAGGAUCUUGUGAUUUCUUGCUCUCAGAUCUAUGCUAACAAGCUCUCGUCCCCAUCCUUGAAGCGCCUCAAGAUUGAGGAAUGCUGCUUAUUUCCAAGGGGCUCCGUAACUUGUAUUUCUGCCCCGAAUAUUGUUUCACUGGAACUGGAUAAUAUUCGUAUUACAACUCCUUGGCUUGAGCGUAUGCCGUUACUGGAAACUGCAUGUGUCAGGCUUGGCCACAGCUGGCCUUUGCAUUGUCAAUGCGGUGUUGCCUGGCGCUCUUGUGGUGUAUGUACAGAACUCCACUUAAUGGAGCUAGCAAGCUUCUCGAGUGCUACGCAUCUGGAAUUAACAGCACCCUAUGUGAAGUUUACUGUUUUGAGAUGCCCAACAUUUAGCAAGUUAAAGAGUCUGUCGCUAAAUGAGUGGUGUGUGGCAGACGACUUAUCUGCAUUAAUUUGCAUUCUUGAGCACUCUCCACUUCUAGAGAAUCUCACUCUUCAACUAAAUGAGUUCUAA